AUGCAUUUUGGGCUUAGAGAAUUUUUGGUAAUUACUGGUUUUAAGUGUGGUGGGUGUAUGGUUUUUGAUCAUGAUCAGAAUAGUACAUCUAAGUUGCUUUCUCGUUACUUUCCAAAUGCUGUUGAUAAGGUUUUGAAAGCUGAUUUCAUAAGAGUGUUUAAAGAAGAUGGUUUGAUUCAUGAAGAAGACUUUUUUAAUAUGUCUAUGAUUUAUUUCAUUAGCACAUUCAUUUUGUCAUCUCCACCACAAUUGUCACAUAUUCCAAAAGAUCACUUCUUAUGUGUUGAGUCGGGACAGUACAUCACGUACCCCUGGGGCAAUCUCUCCUUUUUUAAUCUUCGUCAUUCUAUAUCGAGUCAAAUGGCAAAAGAUCCGGAUUAUGUGAAGUUUGAAGGGUUUCCUCUCGCAUUGCAAAUUUGGUUUUAUGAAUGUUGUAACAAAGUUGAUGGUUCAAUUGCAAUUCGUAAAUUCAAUCGAACGCCUAGAAUAUUCAAUUGGGAUAUAUCCAAAAACAAGAUAUAUUUUGACCAUCUCCAGAAAGGAAUGUUCAGAAAAUACGGCAAUCAGUAUACAUUUGAAGAUCUUGUGUUCAUGGAUGAGGAGCUUCAUAUCAUUGAGUCGGAAAAUCUUACUGUUUUGACUGAUAUGCCAUUCAAUAAGAAGAGUAAACGUGAUAGAUAUGUAAGGCAAAAUCAGAAUUUACAGACUCAUUCUGUCGUUCGACAGAAUGUUAAAGAUUUGCCUCAUAGUUCUGCACAAAAGGUUGGAAGUGAUCCGAGUUUGUCAUUUAAUAAAGAUUUGCAGAAAAUUGCCCAAGAAGUUGUGAAGGUUCGUAAUGAGUUGGAAAAGCUUGAAAAAAAUGUAGAUGCUAAGUUUGUUGAAAUGAAGGCUUUUAUGGAUUCAUCAUUCAAAUAUAUCAUUCAAGAGUUGAAAUCUCUUCAUAAUGAUGUUUCAACCAAAAAAGAUUUAGGUGGUGAACGGGUUGUUGUUGAGGAUCAAAGAAAAGGAAAUGUUGAUGUUCAAAAUGAACAUUUGCAAGAUUGUGGAGAUAAAGAUGGUGUCCAGACACCAUCUUCGUUUCGUAAUCAUGUUAUUGAUAACAAUUGUGGUGUAUCUGUUGAUUUUGAAAUAAAUAGAAAAACUCCUACAUUGGAUGACUUUGUUAUGCCCAAUAUGCGUGAAUCACAGUUGGUUGCUCUUGAAACUGGACAAACAUAUGUGUCAUCAUUGGUAGAUGUUGAAUCUGAAAAUAUUUGUGUCACACCUUUGGAAGUUGCUAAAGCUGGAAAAACAAAGUUCAAUCAGUUUGGUGUUAUUGAGGGUGAAAACACAUUUAUCUCACCAGUUCAGCAUGUUCGUACGAAGAUUCCAGGAAAGUAUGCCCAAUCACCAUACACAAACUUAAGUGAAUCAGGUGGCACAUCGGUGAACAUAGUGAAGUACUGUUUAUGGAGGCAUCCUUUUGUAAAUUACAAAGGGUUUGAUAUGUACAAUGAAGUUAUCCUUCAAUUUAAGAAAUGGGUUGAUAGCAAAUUAUCCAAGAAACGUGGAAAGAAAACCAGUUUCUUCACUGGUGCUUCAAAUCCAAUUGAUCCUCCUUUUGAGUUUGGUGUUGGUAGGGUGGAUUUGAUGGAUUGGUUUCACCCUUUGGCUUAUCCAGGACAGCCUUGGAGUGAUUUGUUGUUUUUGGUAUGUAUGUUAGGAAAAUCAACUGCUGACCGAAACAUAGACUCCUAA